AUGGCUAAGGGAGAAAGCCUUGUGGAACGUGCGCAGCAGCUCGCAAUUCAUCCGCGGGAAGGGCAUCAUGUGGACAAAUUCCACCAGACCGUGGAUUCUCACCUCCAGAAAAUCUAUGAAACGAUCUGUGCCUCUGAAGUCUCAAGGAAUGACUUUAUCAAGAUUGUCCAGAACGAUUCAACCCUCAAUGGCGGGGUGGGUCCGGACUCGCUAGUCUCAGUGGACGCCUUUCGGGCGUACAUGAAGGAUUCAGCUUCCUGUGCUCAGGCACCUGCUAAGAAGCUGGAUUUGUCCGCUCCUAUAUCGGACUAUUUUGUCUCCUCCAGCCACAAUACAUAUCUGACAGGGAAUCAGUUGUAUAGCGAUGCCGCGGCGACCGCAUACACGUCGGUGCUUCUUCGCGGUUGUCGCUCCGUCGAGAUUGAUGUCUGGGAUGGAGAGUCUGAAGAUUCAGACUCAAGUGAUGGUGAAUCAAGCAGCGAUAGCAGCAGUCACUCUCAUGGUGAGAAGAGCGGGACGUCUAGUAUGAAAAUUAAAGAGAAGAUCAAGUCCAAAACCGAAACCUUGCAGAACUCUUCCAAGGGACUUUCCCGUUCAGUCUCGACCAGAUUGAGCGAUGCGCUGCGCCGCAAAAUCACCGAAAAGCCCGAACCAGCUACCGCUGUGACCACAGCGAAGGACGCGCUUCCAUCCCCAUCCAAUAAGGCAAAUUUGGGAGAGCCGAGAGUCCUGCAUGGACAUACGCUGACCAAGGGAACAUCAUUGCGCGAGAUCUGUUACGCCAUCCGGGACAGCGCAUUCGUCGCUAGCGAUCUACCAGUGAUCAUCAGCUUUGAAGUACAUUGCUGUUUGGAGCAACAGCAGAUCAUGGUGGAUAUCAUGCGAGAUGCCUGGAAAGGGCUUCUCGUUGAGGUGCAGCCUAACUUGGAAGCUGACAAGCUACCCAAAUUGGCGGACCUGAAGAGGAAGAUCUUGAUCAAGACCAAAUCUAUUCCCCUGACCAAGUCUGAAGGAAAGAAAGGCACGCCAGAAGCUCCUACGCCCGAAGAACCUGGGUCCCCGCCUGCUGGGCUGCAACAGAAGAAACCUGCGAAACCGGUGAAAGUCCUUGAGGCCCUCGCCAAGAUGGCGAUUUACACUCGCGCGUAUCAUUUCAGCCAUUUUGACCAGCCCGAGGCCAAAGUCCCCGUGCACAUUUUCUCCCUCUCCGAGAGAGCAUGUCGUGAUGCGCACAUCAAUAAUUGCGAUAGACUGUUCGAACACAAUCGAUCAUCCCUCAUGCGUAUUUAUCCCUUUGCGUUCCGAGUUAAUUCCUCCAACUUGGAUCCCGCUUUCUGCUGGAGACGUGGCGCGCAGCUCGUGGCACUGAACUGGCAGAAUCUGGACAAGGGCAUGAUGCUCAAUCACGGCAUGUUCUCCGGCACGCCAGGCUGGGAAUUGAAGCCUCAAGGGUAUCGAAGCUCAGAUUCCUCUUCGGAUUCCAUUCACCGUCACACGCUGGACUUGGCGGUGGAUGUAUUUGCCGCCCAGGAUCUGUCUUUGCCACCCGGCCAACAUAACGUGAAGGGAUUCCGACCCUACGUUAAUUGCCAACUACAUGUCGAGGAGCCCGAAGGACCUGUUGGUGGUGGCCGCGACGACGCCAGCUCGGACUCCGAGAAGAGCAGCUAUCGCCGCUGUACCAAGAGUGCUUCUGGCGUCAACCCCGAUUUCGGGGGCCAGAAGCUGGUCUUUCCAACUGUGACUGGGCUCGUGGAGGAACUAAGUUUUGUUCGGUUUAAAAUCAAGGAUGAUGAAAUCGGGCGUGACUCGCUUGCCGCGUGGGCCUGCAUUCGGCUCGAUCGACUGCGUGAAGGAUAUCGACUGGUCCACCUUCACGACUGUGCUGGGGAAAAGACAGGGGGCAUCCUGCUGGUCCGUGUCACUAAGCGGGCUUCGUGA